GACGAGGCUCCUUUCGAAUAUCCAAUUCUACAAAAGGUAGAAUAUCCGGGUGGUUUCUGUUUGUCCAUUUGUUUUCUCGGGAGCCGGUCGGCGCCUCUAAAUCGCCCCGCAGCUUCACUACCCCGCAGUAUGCUUUCACGGUGAAGGAGAGCAUGAAAGUUAGAAUGGAGGAAAAUGAGAGGGGAGGCGAAGUUGCUGAGAAGGGCAAGUAUGAUUUGGAGACUGUGAUGGUGGAUCAUCACUAUCCUGAACCUUUGGCUAAGUAUGAGGAUGUCAUUGCUGAUCCGAAGUUGUUUACGGAAACUCUCGAGGAUUUUCACUCCAGACUUGGGACAAAGUUAAGGGUGCCAACUGUCGGGGGCAAGGAGCUUGACCUUCACUGUCUUUUUGUUGAGGUAACAUCCCGGGGAGGCAUUGAAAAGGUAAUUGAAGAUCGGAAAUUGAAAGAAGUAACUUCUGCUUUUACUUUCUCAUCCACUACCACAAGUGCAUCUUACUUAGUUCGCAAAAACUACAUGUCUUUGCUGCGUAAUUAUGAGCAAGUAUAUUUCUUUCGAUCAUCAGCUUCCAUGAACAUGAGCUCGGCAACAUCAGGUCUGACGGAGAGAUCCUUGGAAGAAAUAGAACCAUCUUCUGAAACUCAGGCUAUUUCACAAAAACGAAGGAGAAAAAAUCGUUUGGCAUCCUCAUCUCCUUAUCAAAAAGUUGUUGGAGUAAUCGAUGGAAAAUUUGAGCAGGGUUACUUUGUGACUGUUACUAUCGGAGCAGAAAAACUCAAAGGUGUUCUCUAUCACAUUCCUAGACAGACUGACAUGCAACUAACAAAGCAUGCGGAGGUUGUCGACAAUAGCAACCUUGAGAGCCGGAAUGGUGGCCGUGCUAGAAAGAAGAAGAUUAGUAAAAGCAGCCCACAUCAUCCAAAAUCAAAACCAAAACCAAACAACAGUGGAUACCCUUUAUUCUUUGCCGAGCAGCAGGCGAAACUUAAGCCACUCUAUCCUAGAAAGGGCCGAGAAAUCAAUAAAAUGAUUCGGGACUUGUGGAGCAAAUUACCAGAGAGCGAGAAGGAUGUAUAUCAGGACAUGCAGAGCUAUAGAACUGAGAUAGCAAACAGGGAAAAACUGAAGUCAAGCCAAAUAAUUGAUGCGGCAUCGAUGGCACAUUCUCCAGCUGAACCAAAGAUCCUGCAAGAUGCAGGCCAAAAAAUUGCAAACAAAGAAGAUAAUUUAAUUUUGAGUAAUGAGAAUGAUUCCAGUUCUGAAACUCGUGACUCUGCAGGAAAAUUUUCGGAGGAUGAUUCUGAUAUUGAGGCAUAUCCAGAGUUUGGUGGAACACCUAUUACAAGUAGAUACCAAAUGCGAAAGUGAGUGUGAUGCUUGUCCUUGCAGGAAACAUGACUAUAAUUA